AAGGGAUGGGAUGUGACGGGAUGUGGUGGGAUGCAGAGCUCUCCCAGUCCAUGACGAGCGCAUAACGCACAUUACUCUGUCUGSUCGGAUGCAGCAGCAUCCUCUUAAAAAAAAGAAGCUGCGCUUCAGCUCAGCUCGGAGGCAGAGAGUCAGCCGGUUUGGGAAGGAUGGCGCACCUCCGUCCGCGGACUAAAAACGAACCGAACCAGUCCGGGAUCGUCCUCACUGCCUGGGAUCAGUUGUGAGACUGAAGCAGGACUGAAAACUAAUUGCUUCAUCGUUUUUAUUUAUUUAUUUUUGUGUUUUUUGUUCGCGGAUGCAGCAGCGCGCCGGCUCCAGAAGUUGGGAUGCCACGAGUCUUGGAUGUGGACCCCGCAGCGCAGACGGACUGUGUUGUUCCAAUCAGGCGACCCCCUCUCUGAUGUCUGCAUGGAGGGUGAUCAACAUGUGGCCCUCAGAUAAAAGGCACCUUUAAUCCAUCAGUGAGAGCCAUGCAGACACACUGACCAGCAGCCCCGCGGGUGAUACCGACUAUUUACAGUAAAGGAAUGAAAGCUCCUGCCUCGAGAUGAUGGAUGAUAGAUCCAGUAAGCUCAUUUUGGUGCCUAUCCUAGCUGUCCUUUUCGUUAUGAUAGGUUACCAGUACAUUUGUCCCGCGGGCAGUAAUUCCUGCCACUUCAAGUCCGAGGAGCGGCUCCGCGGGGUGAGCCUGCUCCAGUCCCCGGACCAGGACGGAGACGAUUUCUACCGGGACCAGGACCUGGACGAGGACGGCCCCCCGAAGCUGCCGUCCAAGUUCAACUUCACGGAGCGAGACCUGGACAGGCACGUGGAGUUCCACAUCAAAGGSGACGACGUGAUCGUGUUCCUGCACAUCCAGAAGACCGGCGGGACCACCUUCGGGAGGCACCUGGUGAGGAAUAUCCGCCUGGAGCAGCCGUGCGACUGCAAGCCCGGCCAGAAGAAGUGCACCUGUCACCGGCCGGGGAAGGAGGAGUCCUGGCUCUUCUCCCGCUUCUCCACCGGCUGGAGCUGCGGGCUGCACGCGGACUGGACCGAGCUGACGAACUGUGUGCCCGUCAUCAUGGAUAAGAAGGACGCCCAGAGGAAUAAAAGGAACUUCUACUACAUCACCAUGCUGCGCGACCCAGUCUCCCGCUACCUGAGUGAGUGGAAACACGUCCAGAGAGGAGCCACGUGGAAGACAGCCCUCCACAUGUGCGACGGACGCUCGCCCACCCAGGAYGAGCUGCCCACCUGCUACAGCGGUGACGACUGGUCCGGAGUGCCCCUGGAAGACUUCAUGAACUGCCCGUCCAACCUGGCCAACAACCGCCAGGUCCGCAUGCUGGCCGACCUGAGCCUGGUGGGCUGCUACAACCUGUCCUCCAUGAACGAGAGCCAGCGCAACCACAUCCUCCUGAGCAGCGCCAUGAGCAACUUGAAGAACAUGGCCUUCUACGGGCUGACCGAGUUCCAGCGCAAGACGCAGUACCUGUUCGAGCGGACGUUCAGCCUGCGCUUUAUCGCCGCCUUCACGCAGAUCAACAGCACGCGGGCGGCCAACGUGGACCUGAGCGAGGCCGUGCGCAGGUGCAUCGAGAAGCUCAACUUCCUGGACGUGCAGCUGUACGAAUACGCCAAGGACCUGUUCCUCCAGCGGUUCCAGUUCUCCCGCCAGAGGGAGCACCAGGAGGUGCGCUUGAAGAGGCGCGAAGAGAGACGCUGGUUGAGGGAGCAGGGCAGGCCGUGGCCAUCCAAACGCAGGGCCAGCGGGACCAGAGAAGGAGGCUCCCAGAAGGAAGCGGACAGUGACUUGUCGACCACCACGGAGGACUACACGAGCCAAGUGGCCCGUUGGUGAGAUCYCAGCAGCAGAGGGCAAAACGAGAGGAGUUGGUGGAAAUUCCUCGCAGACAUUUUGCAUCUUUGUGUCUCACCAUUAAUGUGUCUUGCAUCUAUCUGUUUUGUCUGCUUUAAUCUGAUCUGGUGCUUUUUCUUUAUUUAAAAAAAGGCCAUCUUUUUGUCUUUCAGCAGCUCUCGUGUCUUAUUUUAUUUAUUCAAACUGUUGCCUUAGUUAUUUUAGAYCUGUAAAAGAACAGUAAAUGAAGUAGCUAGUAAAGUGUAUAAAAAUUUGCUCUAACUUGCAUUGAUUUUGGAUUUUUCACAGCCAGUUUGUGAACGUCAUUGAAAAUUAUCAUCUCUGUUCCGAUCGUUCUCACUCCAGCAGCAUUGUGUUUUUCAAAGGACCUUUAUAAAUYAAUGCAAACGAAAUCCUUCAAUGUUGGUUUUUAAGCCAAAAGGUUGGGUUUUUCAUGUUAAUCUGCAAUGUGGUUAAAGAUGAAGCAGCGAAAUUUUAAUGUGGCCAAGAUUUGUACUUAAAUAAGUAAGUUUUGGGUUCCUGAACUUAACCUGUUAGCUUCAGUGCAAUUAACCAAACACUGAAUGAAGCAAAGUGUUAAUAAAUGACGUGGUACAUUAUAGUACUGCUUCACUGGAACGCUGGCGCUGAGUCAGAUAUUUCCCAGGACUGCAGACGACUUGGGGAUGAGAGCGAGCUGCAACGUCACAAACUCUAAAACAUUAUUAUCUUGAAGUUGUGGUGRAACUGAUUGCAUGUCACACAUACACAAUAUAUUUACAAAAGCUGGGAGUGAUUUCUUAAUGAUGUGCUGCACAGCCUGAAUAAAGCAGCAUUAAAAUGUUUUUAAGCCUUUUUUCUUUUUCAUAAACCAACACUUCAGUUUCUCUCCRCCUUAAAAUUGGAUGUUAUAAAGAUCAUUAAAAUUUAGGGGUUUUUAAGAGAAAAAAAUAUAGAUUUUUUUUCUUAAACUGCAUUUGUUCAAGGCUUUUUAUGCAUCUCCAGCUUCAUUUUUGAGGGUAAAUCUUUCCUGAUUGGUUACUCAGGCAGAUGGUCUCUGAUAGUUUCACUUGUCAUAAAAAAGCAGCUGCUUGGUUUAAAAUUAAAGCAAUAUUUCUCUUCCUUUUCCAUGAGAGUUAGAUUAAUAUUUUACCUACUGUAGAUGGCACUUGCAGUGACCUUUGUUUGGAGGAAUAGAAUUUAAUUCUGACAGGUGAUCGACUAAAACUAGUAUCUCAUUUGGCUGCAGCCAUUGGUGCCAAACUGAAAAUGGCAUUUGCAAAAUGUUUGCGAGGGUUUCUCAAUUCCCUUGCGAUCCAAGAGGGUCUGAUAGCAAAAGAAAAGUURCCGGGCUGCAUAGAGAUCUCACUUUUAAAUGAUGCAGCUUUCUGGGUUUUUUAACAUUCUUGCAGGAGCGGUGUGAUUAAAAAUGUGCACUCCUGCAAAAACUUUGGCUGCGGUUUUUUUUUUUUUUUAUUAUUAUUAUUUUUUUGCAACUUAUUUGUCAAAUCACUGAGACUGGCAGCAAUUUUACAAAAUUCUGCUACUAUUUAAAAAAAAGUUGUUUUCAGGAGGCACCCAUCCACUUCCACUUUGGCUCCACUUGAACUCUAUUUGUCCAAAUUGUGGUUGUUUAAAGAGCUAUCUACAACAGGUAAGAUGUUAAUUGUUUACAGUCUUUCCACAUUCCAAUUUUAAAGAUCUAUUGCUUUUAAAGUAGAAGAAAAAAAUCAGCCCUAGACUAUUAGACUUUCUUUGUUUUUCUUUCUUAGUAAAACAAUAUCCUGAUAUGAACACAGAUCCAUAAUAAACACAAUGUAUACUAUGUGUACUUUUUUUAAUUUAAAGCAAACAAAGCUUUCUUUAAAGCUUGCAUGCAUUAUUUUUUGUGCGAURUUUUGCAGACCUUAAACACCUCUUUUAAAGGCAACACCAGGACAGCAGUGUGGCAUUAUGUUAAACGGAAUAACUUCAUUCUUUUCAUGUACAUUUUGUCAAGCAUUGUAUCYGUUGUGAAGAAGAAAAAAAGUUAAUUAAAAUGUUUGAAAAAA